CUUGUGUAGCUAAUCAUAGCUCCAUGUAGCUGUUUUUAUUUUAUAUUUUUUCUCUAUAAUCUUUCUUACUAUCACUGUCUGUUUGUUUGUUUUUUUAAUUGUAAAAUAUAACUUAAUUCACACCAUAUUUCUGAUAUUAUCGAUCAAUCUUAUCAGAUUAACUUUGAUCGUUCACUCUUCCGUGACUGCAGUACACCUGCAAAGCGUUAGCACUCGUUAGCUUGUCAUUAGCGUUUUCUUUUCUCCUCUCCUCUCCUCUCUCACGCUGCAGUUUUCCACAAGUUCAUCAAACAACCGCAGUAAGAAUAUUUCAUCAAGCACGGUGAGUAAUGGCUUCUCCUACAAUUGUUAUUUGCACCUCUUGCCACAUGUACAGUUUAUCUAUCUCUGUCGCUGAUGAGGGAUUCACAUGUGAUAAAUGCAGGGAAACAGUUAGGCUGACAGAGAAGAUUUCAGAAUUAGAGACACGCAUCCAAACUUUAAUUGAGGACAGUAAGAAUGUUAGGGCUCUAGAUAUGGCUUUGGAUGCGUCUAGCUCAGGGAUUCCUGUACAUUGUCCGGUUCCAGCAGAGCCCCUGCAGCAGGGCAACUGGGUGACGGUGAGGCAGCGUAGUCGUGGGUCAAAACACCGCUCUUCUGUUCCGAUCAAAACAUUAAACAGGUUCUCCCCACUCAGUGAUGCACCCACUGAGAAACCUGAUGAAAGUGCUCUAGUUAUUGGUGAUUCUAUUGUACGGAACGUGAAUAUAGAGACACCAGCCACCAUAGUCAAAUGUUUACCGGGAGCCAGAGCGCCUGACAUCUUGGCAAAUUUAAAAGUGCUGGCUAAUGCUAAACGUAAAUACAGUAAGAUUGUUAUUCAUGCCGGCGCUAAUGAUGUUCGACUUCGCCAGUCGGAGAUCACUAAAAAUAACUUUAAAGAGGUGUGUGAACUUGCAAGCACGAUGUCAGACACUGUAAUAUGCUCUGGUCCCCUCCCUGCUUACCGUGGUGAUGAGAUGCAUAGCAGAUUGUCAUCACUCAAUGGCUGGAUGUCUAAGUGGUGCCCACAGAAUAACAUAGGUUAUAUAGACAAUUGGACGAGCUUUUGGGGCAGACCUGACCUGUUUAAAAGAGAUGGUCUUCAUCCCUCCUGGGGUGGCGCCACUCUUCUGUCUAGAAAUAUGGCAAAUAGUCUUAGUGUUUAUACUUGACUAACUGGGGCCCAGGUCAGGAAGCAGACAGACUGGCUAAACCGACCGUCUGCUAGCUGCCUCCCGUCACAGAGGUCAGUUAAUUCUCAGCACAUAGAGACUCUUUCACCUAGAUAUCACACUAUAGAGACUGUGUCUGUUCCACGAACUAGAAAAUACAAAAAACGUCCAAACCAAGUUAAGGUUAACAAUUUAAUUGAGGUUCAACAAAUAAAAAACAAAUGCAAUAUGGAUAAACAAAUGAUAAAGAUUGGCUUAUUGAAUAUCAGAUCCAUUUCUACGAAAACACUUUUUGUAAAUAAUAUGAUAACUGAUCAUAAUAUAGAUGUGCUCUGCUUGACAGAAACCUGGCUAAAACCUGAUGAUUACAUUAUUUUAAAUGAGUCCACCCCCCAAGAUUAUUGUUAUAAACACGAGCCGCGUCUAAAAGGCAAAGGGGGAGGUGUUGCUUCAAUUUAUAAUAACGUUUUCAGGAUUUCUCAGAGGGCAGGCUUCAAGUAUAACUCGUUUGAAGUAAUGGUGCUUCAUAUAACAUUAUCCAGAGAAACCAAUGUUAAUGAUAAAUCCCCUGUUAUGUUUGUACUGGCUACUGUAUACAGGCCACCAGGGCACCAUACAGACUUUAUUAAAGAGUUUGGUGAUUUUACAUCCGAGUUAGUUCUGGCUGCAGAUAAAGUCUUAAUAGUUGGUGAUUUUAAUAUCCAUGUCGAUAAUGAAAAAGAUGUAUUGGGAUCAGCAUUUAUAGACAUUCUGAACUCUAUUGGUGUUAGACAACACGUUUCAGGACCUACUCAUUGUCGAAAUCAUACUCUAGAUUUAAUACUGUCACAUGGAAUUGAUGUUGAUAGUGUUGAAAUUAUUCAGCCAAGUGAUGAUAUCUCAGAUCAUUAUUUAGUUCUGUGUAAACUUCAUAUAGCCAAAAUUGUAAAUUCUACUUCUUGUUACAAGUAUCGAAGAACCAUCACUUCUACCACAAAAGACUGCUUUUUAAGUUAUCUUCCUGAUGUAUCCGAAUUCCUUAGCAUAUCCAAAACCUCAGAACAACUUGAUGAUGUAACAGAAACUAUGGACUCUCUCUUUUCUAGCACUUUAAAUACAGUUGCUCCUUUACGCUUAAGAAAGGUUAAGGAAAACAGUUUGACACCAUGGUAUAAUGAGCAUACUCGCACCCUAAAGAGAGCAGCCCGAAAAAUGGAGCGCAGCUGGAGGAAAACAAAACUAGAGGUAUUUCGUAUUGCUUGGCGGGAAAGUAGCAUAUCCUACCGAAAAGCAUUAAAAACUGCUAGAUCUGAUUACUUUUCUUCUCUUUUAGAAGAAAACAAACAUAACCCUAGGUAUUUAUUCAAUACAGUGGCUAAAUUAACGAAAAAUAAAGCCUCAACAAGUGUUGACAUUUCCCAACACCACAGCAGUAAUGACUUUAUGAACUACUUUACUUCUAAAAUCGAUACUAUUAGAGAUAAAAUUGCAACCAUUCAGCCGUCAGCUACAGUUUCGCAUCAGACAGUGCACUAUAGACCCCCUGAGGAACAGUUCCACUCAUUCUCUACUAUAGGAGAGGAAGAAUUGUAUAAACUUGUUAAAUCAUCUAAACUUACAACAUGUAUGUUAGACCCUAUACCAUCUAAGCUCUUAAUAGAGGUGCUUCCAGAAGUCAUAGGUCCUCUUCUGACUAUUAUUAAUUCCUCAUUGUUAUUAGGACAUGUCCCCAAAACCUUCAAACUGGCUGUUAUUAAGCCUCUCAUAAAAAAGCCACAACUUGACCCCAGAGAACUAGUUAAUUAUAGACCAAUCUCGAAUCUCCCUUUUCUGUCCAAGAUACUAGAAAAGGUGGUAUCCUCACAAUUAUAUUCCUUCUUAGAGAAAAAUGGUAUAUGUGAGGAUUUCCAGUCAGGAUUUAGACCGUAUCAUAGUACUGAAACUGCUCUCCUUAGAGUUACAAAUGAUCUGCUCUUAUCAUCUGAUCGUGGGUGUAUCUCUCUAUUAGUUUUAUUGGAUCUUAGUGCUGCGUUUGACACAAUUGACCACAACAUUCUUUUGCAUAGACUUGUACACUUUGUUGGCAUCAGUGGAAGUGCAUUAGCAUGGUUUAAAUCGUACUUAUAUGACCGCCAUCAGUUCGUAGCAGUGAAUGAAGAUGUAUCAUAUCGAUCACAAGUGCAGUAUGGAGUACCUCAAGGCUCAGUUCUAGGGCCGCUACUCUUCACGCUUUAUAUGUUACCCUUGGGAGAUAUCAUCAGGAAACAUGGUGUUAGCUUUCACUGUUAUGCUGAUGAUACGCAGCUCUAUAUUUCCUCGCAGCCCGGUGAAACACACCAAUUUGAAAAACUAAUGGAAUGCAUAGUCGAUAUAAAAAAUUGGAUGACGAGUAAUUUCUUACUGCUAAAUUCAGAAAAAACAGAGGUGUUAAUCAUAGGGCCUAAAAACUCUACUUGUAAUAACCUAGAACACUGUCUAAGACUUGAUGGUUGCUCUGUCAAUUCUUCGUCAUCAGUUAGGAACCUAGGUGUGCUACUUGAUCGCAAUCUUUCCUUAGAAAGCCACGUUUCUAGCAUUUGUAAAACUGCAUUUUUCCAUCUCAAAAAUAUAUCUAAAUUACGGCCUAUGCUCUCAAUGUCAAAUGCAGAAAUGUUAAUCCAUGCAUUUAUGACUUCAAGGUUAGACUAUUGUAAUGCUUUAUUGGGUGGUUGUUCUGCACGCUUGGUAAACAAACUACAGCUAGUCCAAAAUGCAGCAGCAAGAGUUCUUACUAGAACCAGGAAGUAUGACCAUAUUAGCCCGGUCCUGUCCACACUGCACUGGCUCCCUAUCAAACAUCGUAUAGAUUUUAAAAUAUUGCUUAUUACUUAUAAAGCCCUGAAUGGUUUAGCACCUCAGUAUUUGAAUGAGCUCCUUUUACAUUAUACUCCUCUACGUCCGCUACGUUCUCAAAACUCAGGCAAUUUGAUAAUACCUAGAAUAUCAAAAUCAACUGCGGGCGGCAGAUCCUUUUCCUAUUUGGCGCCUAAACUCUGGAAUAACCUACCUAACAUUGUUCGGGAGGCAGACACACUCUUGCAGUUUAAAUCUAGAUUAAAGACCCAUCUCUUUAACCUGGCAUACACAUAACAUACUAAUAUGCUUUUAAUAUCCAAAUCCGUUAAAGGAUUAUUAGGCUGCAUUAAUUAGGUAAACUGGAACCGGAACACUUCACAUAACACCGUACUUUCUACAUCAUUAGAAGAAUGGCAUCUACGCUAAUAUUUGUCUGUUUCUCUCUUGUUCCGAGGUCACCGUGGCCACCAGAUCCAGUCUGUGUCCAGAUCAGAGGGUCACUGCAGUCACCCGGAUCCAGUACGUAUCCAGACCAGAUGGUGGAUCAGCACCUAGAAAGGACCUCUACUGCCCUGAAAGACAGCGGAGACCAGGACAACUAGAGCCCCAGAUACAGAUCCCCUGUAAAGACCUUGUCUCAGAGGAGCACCAGGACAAGACCACAGGAAACAGAUGAUUCUUCUGCACAAUCUGACUUUGCUGCAGCCUGGAAUUGAACUACUGGUUUCGUCUGGUCAGAGGAGAACUGGCCCCCCAACUGAGCCUGGUUUCUCCCAAGGUUUUUUUCUCCAUUCUGUCACCGAUGGAGUUUCGGUUCCUUGCCGCUGUCGCCUCUGGCUUGCUUAGUUGGGGUCACUUCAUCUACAGCGAUAUCGUUGACUUGAUUGCAAAUUAAAACAGACACUAUUUCAACUGAACAGAGAUGACAUCAAUGAAUUCAAUGAUGAACUGCCUUUAACUAUCAUUUUGCAUUAUUGAGACACUGUUUUCCAAAUGAAUGUUGUUCAGUGCUUUGGCGCAAUGUAUUUUGUUUAAAGCACUAUAUAAAUAAAGGUGAUUGAU